CCCAACAUGCUAAGAGGGGCGGGGGGCAGAUGGGGGUGAAACAACUGGACAGGAAGACAGAUCCAGAUCGAUUAGGCCGAGGUAAAGAGACACCAUCGAACUUCGCUGAAGAAACGUUGUUUUUGUUUGUUUUUUCUGUCCCCGUUAGGCGUCUUUACGCACACUCAUCAUCCUGUUCUCGCGAAAACCAAGAAGAUGCCCAAAUCCUUACCGCGUGCAUUCCCAAGCUCCUUCCUGUGGCUGGCAUCUUUAGUCGCUUUGAUGGUGCAGUCGGUGCUCUCUUCCUCCUACUCUUCUUCCUCCUCCUCCUCCUCCUCCACAUAUCAGAGAUCCGUGGCCGGUGGGAAGCGGCCGGGCUUCACGGAGAGGACGCUGGUCCUCCUGGAUGUCAACACCCGCAGUCCGAUCCGAGUCCUCAACGACAACUUCCUUUCCGUGCAGCUGGACCCUUCGAUCAUCAAAGACGGCUGGCUGGACUUUCUGAGCUCCAAGCGCCUCGUGACCCUCGCGCGCGGCCUGUCUCCGGCCUUCCUGCGCUUCGGCGGGAAGCGAACCGACUUCCUGCAGUUCAACAACCAGAAGAACCUGGCUAAAUUCAGAGGCCCGGGGCCAGACUACUAUCUGAAGAACUACGAGGACGACAUAGUGCGCAGUGACGUUGCACUGGACGAGCAGAAGGGCUGCAAACUGGCCAACCACCCCGACAUAAUGCUGGAGCUGCAGAGGGAGAAAGCCGCCACCACGCAGCUCGUCCUGCUGAAAGAGCAGAUGUCCAACAUCUACAGCAACAUCACGAUAACAGGUCUUUAGACAAACUGUACAAUUUUGCCAACUGUGCCGGUCUGCACCUGAUCCUCGGUCUCAACGCGCUGCACAGAAACCCAGACAACUCCUGGAACACCUCCUCGACG